UUUCAAUAUAUUAAGAACGAGUCCUAGAGCAACACCAACCAGGCACCUAUACAGACUGGACAUACUGCGGGAUUACGUGUGUUAAGCAUACCCAAGCUGUCAGCUUAUACCACCCAAACGCGUGAAAAUAUUCUCUAUUUCCCCCAAAUCGCCACCAUGCCACCCUCAGCCAUCCCGCCAAGGGGGGAUACCACCGGAACCUCACAACUACCCCUCUCGCGGGUAAAGCGGCUCAUAGCCCUCGACCCCGAUAUCGCCGCCUGCUCUAACCCCGCCGCCUUCCUGAUCGCCCUGGCCACAGAAUCCUUCAUCCAGCACCUCUCUACCUCCGCCCACAGCGUCGUCCGCUCGGAGCGCAAACCCCGCAAGAACAUCCAGUACCGCGAUCUCGCCGCGGCAGUUGCGCGUAUGGACACGCUCGAGUUUCUCUCCGAUGUUGUCCCGCGAACAGUGACGUUCAAGGAGGUGAAGGCCAAGAAGGCGCGCGAGGGCAAGGAGAAUGGCGAGGUGGGAUUGGAUGCUGGGCAGACUACGUUGGUGGCCAAGGGAUUUGAAGCCGUGGUUGCGAAGACGCAGAAUGGACGGGGAGAGUCUGUGCAGGUGGACGGCACUGAGGAUGCGGAUGACGAGGAUGCGGAUGCGGAUCCGGAGAGGCAGUUGCAGAUGGAGAGUCAGGACGCCAGGACGAGUUUCGGGAGCGAGCCUAGGCAGAAGAAGGGGGGGACGGAUGGAGAUGGGGAUGUGGAGAUGAGCUAGGUGAGAGUGUUCUUGGGUGAAUGGCGUAAUAGGAUGGAUGCAUUAGAUAGAUGUGUGACAGCGGCUUAAUGUAUCAUGAAAGGAUGU